CAGAGAACACCAUGAAUUUAAACAACUUUGUGGUACUUCCCAGCAAGCCCAAGUCAAUGAAGUUAAAUGUCAGGAAUCUCCAGGAACUGCGUAUGGAAACAGUGCAGCUGGAUCAACAUGCCAAGGAGAUGGAGAGCAGACUGGAGGAGCUCAGACAGCGUAUGAACCAGGAGAAAGAGGAGAGGGAGAAGAUGGGAGCUUCUCACUGGAGUUCAGCACAGCCCGGGAUUCAGAGCGUCAAGACGAACAAGGAGAGCGCACCUCACAGACUCUCUCCGGGCAAGAUGAAGAUUAGAGUGCUGAAGGACGAGCCUGUGCCAGCAGAACAGAAGCAGGUAAUUGCGGAACCAGCCGCCAAGGUACAUGGCACUAACAGGAAGCUCAACCUGAGGGGAAAAGUCUGUGGACAGUGUGAAGUUCAACUGGCUGGACUGGCAGAGCUCCAGACCCCUGUCAGCACUCGGGAUGUGUUGGGCCGCCUCCAGCAGCAGGUAAGCAGCGAGGAGAAUCAACAUACACAAGGUGCAUCCCACAAAUCCGCUGAUGAAAGUGAAGCCACAGAGAAAAGAUCAGCUCCUAGGAGCCUUCAGCCCAUGUCUGAUAACCAAAUGCACCACACACAGGUGUUGUUCGUGAAUGACGGUGUUGAUGUGGAGGAUGAGGAGGCUGCUGAGGAAGAGGACAGCUCUCUGCAGAGAGGAGGCUUUGAUGAAGAGGAGUCAGCUAGGUCCUUCCAGGAGGCUCUGAAAGAGUGGAGAGAGAGAGGACAGAGGCCAGUGUCUGUGAUGGAAACACAAACAGAGAAAGGAUCCCAGCAGUUAAUUCAUGUGGAGUUCAAGGAGGACACUUUGAGCUACAUGGAGAAACUCCUCCUGAAAAAACACCGCAGAGGACAAAUUGAAGAAUUUCAGGCCCGGUCUGUCGUCCAACGCCGGCCGGAGCCACCCACACCUCCACCUGCAGUGAUGGAUGAACUGAGCCGAAAACUGACAGCAGAGCGGAUGGAGCUGCAUACAUACUUUACAUCUCUCUUCACGAUCGCUCCUGCUGAGGAUGCUGGGAAAGCAGACAGCCCUGCAGAAUCCUGUUUAAGCGUCGUAGAGUUAGAUGAGAUGGUUGAAGACGCUACAAUGUACAGAUCCUUUGGAGUCAAGCAGGGAAAUGAGAGCAAAAUGUUUGCAGCUGUUGGAAAUGGAGGAGAUUUUGGAUAUUCGGUUUUGCCUUUCACACCGUGCUUCUACGAGAUGACUAAAGCAUCCAUCGGUGAAUGUAAUUCUGACAUAAAGAUCAACUCUUCUCCUGAGAUGUGGCCGCCGUCUCAAGAGGCUGAACAAUCUUCGUCAUCAUUGCCAAGAUCAGAAAGCUUUUCUCCACUUCAGACGAGGCUUCAGAGAUCACAGCACCUGUCGACUGCCUCAGAAUCCUUUCUGUCAAAUUCACGAACAGGAGGCCAGAAAGUGGAACUCAGUGACUCUCCAAAACCAAGCCCACAGACAAGAUCUUCUGCAGCACAACAGGACAAAUCCUCAGAGCUUCUGCCAACAUCAUCUCCUUCACUCCCAAAAACCAAAUUAAAUCAAACUCUCCCAGGCUUUGAGGACCAUAUUUCCACUGGCAGCCUCUCUCCUGGUGGAAUACCAUCUGUUCGGUCUUCUCGAUGUCAUUCUCCUGCUUUUCUCAUCUCUAAACAAAGUCCAAAACCUCCAGAUUCUCCGUCCCCAAGGUCUAGAUCAGUUUCUUCUCCAGUAAACCCAGUCCAAUCCAGACCUGCUCAUUCAACACCUGUUUCUGAACCGAAAUUAGCUCAGCUGUCUCCAGAACGUGCCAUCACUUCCCCAAGCGCUGCAGUUCCUUCAUUAAAGCUGUCACUUAGAGAAUCAUCACAGUCUGGAUUCGUCUCAGAUAGAAGUAUAUCUACUAUGCCUAUCUAUGACUCCUUCAGUUCCUCUAUGCCAAGGGUCGAAUCUUCUCAUACUGAGGGUCAUCGUUCACCUCCGGCCUCUAAAUGGUUAAAAGGCUCACGGAGGUCGCCCAAAACCACAAUGUUCUCUUUACAGCUAAACAUGUCAGAUUCAGAAGAGGAAAUGACAGGUGAAGAUGCUUGCCUGGUGCCCAGUGAAGAAGACUCAUCUGAUGAAGAACUGAGACGAAUCACAGAUGCAGAAGAACAAAAGAAUGGCUUUCCCUCUCCGUGCCCCACCACGACCCCUCCGGCAGAGCCUCAUUUCACUUUCACAAACCUCUCAAAGUCAGAAAACGACAACACAGAACCAGACCUUUUUACAGGAUCUUCUAAGGCCAUUCAUUCUGUAGCCCAGCGACAGGACAUCCAGCCGGGGCAGUACCAAGACCUAGAGGGGAUCCUGACUUUGGGACUGGACCCUGGAGUCCUGCAGCCCAGCCCAGCUCCAGUGCAAAACUCUAGAGAAGAGCAGAACCACACAGGGAGUUCACUAGUUGUAGGGCAGGAGUCCUGGAGAUCCAGCAGCAGUCUUCAGCAUCACGCAGAGGAAGAGCUGGUCGCUGCGCUGAUGAAUGCUCAGCCCAUCAGUAGCACCCCUUGUCCCCUCACACCAGGCCGUAGCAGAGUGCCAUCACACAGGCUGUGUUUCUCAGGCACCGUAAGCAGAUGUUCUCCCAUCUCUUCACGGCCCCUGAGUGCCGGGACUCGUCGGCCGCUGUCUCGUGCUGCUGAGGAGAUCAUGGAGGUCCAGAGCGUGGAGCAGCUCGAUCUCCAGGACUCUGAUGAGGAUGAGGAGGAUUGCCUGGCUCUGGCCUGCCUUGAGGAAGAGUUCAGACAUAUGAGCACUACACCAUUAGACGAGGGUGAGGAUUCAAUUUGUCGGGACUGCAAUUACACAAAUUAAGGAUUUUGAUGGAAUUUUUUGAUAAGUAGUAAUAAGUGAUUUUGUUAAAAAAUAUAUAUAAUAUGAA